CAUUCCCUGCGCGGUUUUUUUCCUACUGGGUUGUCGUAUGUUGAUGACGUUGAUGUAAUGGCUGCUCUCGCUGUGGCGUGAGGAUUGUAUUAUUUUCUCCAACAGCGCUGUUAAAUUAACCCGUCAGAUAUUUGAGUAGACUGUAUAAAAAAUCACAUUAGUAGGAGAGUGCCGCUCCUAACGCAGCAGUGCUGUCUAUAAAGAGCUCCGGGUUGACAAGGUAAAGGAAAAAAGCAGAAUAUUCUCCGAUGGAUACCCCUGAAAGCCCCACCCAGUCCCCUCAGUCUCCUGGGGAGGAGGAGGAAGAGGAGGAGGAAGAGGAGGAGAGGGUUUUUUCUGACAGUGAGCUGCUGGAUUCUCCUGAUGAAGAUGAGGACGGGGUCAUAUCUAACAGUGAGCUAGUCCAUGAAGAGGAUAAUGGGGUGCCUGAGGAGGAUGAAGUGGUGUUGGAGAAUCAAGUAAGACAUUCGGAUUUAGAGGAGGAGAGGGAAGAAGACUAUGAGGUUGUCCCUGACUUUGUCUCUGACCCAGAGGAUGAGGACCCUGUAGGAGAAACAGAUGGUAUUGGACAGGAGGAAGGUACCAUUGUAUUGAUGGAGGGAGAGGAAGAUGGUCCGCAGGAGGAACAGUUGGAUGGGGAGGACGAGAAGGAAGAGGAUCAAGACGAUGGAGUCAUUGACACCCCACAGUCUCCAGACUCAGAACAGGGCGAGAGCUUAAAUCCUGAAGAGGAUGGAGACUCUGUGGAGAAAGGAUACAGGGACUAUCAAAAGAGUGUCUCAGCAGAUCCAGCUGAGGUGGAUGAUGACGACGAUGAGGGGGAGGAAGACAUGAGCAAGUCUGAGGAGGAAGAGGAUCGCAGAGUGAUGAGAGCGGAGCAAGAGCAGAGGAGGAAAGCAGUCAUGGUGAGGGAGAUGAAGGAUGACCCGGCGUCUGUUUCCCGGGAGCUGGAUGAGCAUGAGCUUGAUUACGAUGAGGAGGUCCCAGAGGAGCCCAGUAUCCCUGCACAUGAUGAAGAAGAAGACGAGGAAGACACAAAAGCGGAAGGAGAAGAGGAAGAAGAAACUGGUGACAAAAGCAAUAAAAAGAGGGAAAAGAAACCAAUCCUUCCCCCGUCGCCUAGAAACAGUGAAUUCAAGAGGUCGGGCGAAUGCAAAGAGCCUGAGAGAAUGCGUAGAGACUCCUUCAGAGACAAGAAGAAGGAUGAAGACGAUGGAGAGAUUGAUGAAGGAGAGAUUGAUGACGAUGAUCUGGAGGAGGGGGAGGUCAAGGAUCCAUCAGACAGGAAGAUCAGACCACGUCCCAUUUGCAGGUUCUUUAUCAAAGGAAAUUGUACCUGGGGUAUGAACUGUAGGUUUAUCCACCCUGGAGUCAAUGACAAAGGUAACUAUUCCCUCAUCACUAAGCCGGAUCCCUUCUCACCUAACGGAGCACCUCCUGUAGGACCUCACCCACUCAUACCCAAUAAUCCCUGGGCUGGACCUGCAGUGGAGGAGCUCCCUCCACCACCUCCUCCGGUGGAGCCUCCUGUGGAGAGUGCCUGGGAGCGAGGUCUAAGGCAUGCUAAAGAGGUGUUGAAAAAGGCCACCAUCCGUAAGGAGCAAGAGCCUGACUUUGAGGAGAAGCGCUUUAAUGUGACCAUCGGAGAGGACGACAGAGAAUUUGACAAAGAGAAUGACUUCUUCCGAGAACGCAGCUACCGCAUCAUCCGAGAUGAAAUGGACUUCAGAGAUCCUGUUUAUGGUGACCAAUACGCAGAUCCAUACUAUGACUAUGAAAUGGAGGCCCUCUGGAGAGGUGGCCAGUAUGAAAACUUCAGAGUGCAGUACACAGAAGCUCCGCUUCCUUACCACUACACUCAGGAGCGCGAACGUGAGCGAGACCCCCGAGAGCGGCCCCGCGACCGAGAGAGAGAAAGAGAUCACCGGGAGAGGGAGCGCCGGCAGAGGGAGAGAGAGCGGGAGCGGGAGAAGGAGAGAAUGCGGCGAAAAGAGGAGUGGGAAAGGGACCGAAUGAAGCGGGAUGAGAAGGAGAGGCCGAAGAUGCGUCCCCCUCGAGACACCAGGGAGAAAAAAGAGGAGGAUAAACUGAAGCCACGCUCUCCCCUCAGCCUGCCACCAAACAGGCCAAUGGAGCCUCCCUCCAAGAAGGAGGACGUUCCAGUAAUGAGACGACCAGAUGAGUGGAAGGAUCCAUGGCGUCGGUCCAAAUCCCCCAGAAGACGUCCCGGUAUUGAUUCGCCACCGCGAGGGCGCCGCCGACAUCGGCCUUCAGGCUCCUCAGUCUCUUUGUCAAACUCCUCCAGGUCUUCGUCUCGGUCUUCAUCCUAUACCGGUUCUGGGUCGUCUCGCUCCCGCAGCCGCUCCUCCUCCUUCAGCUCCUACUCCACCCACUCCUCCCAGCGCAGCUCCUUCAGUGGCAGCCGCUCUAGAUCUCGAUCAUUCUCCACAUCCCCCUCACCGAGUCCAGCAGCACAGAAGAAUGCAAAGAACAAACCAGAUCUCCCCCAAGUGUUGGCUAAAGGCAUGCCAACGAAGCCGGGUGCCAUACCCCCUCCUCGCAGGGAGAAACCUCUCAUGAAGAAAGCUCCCAGUCCUCCUUCGCCUGGUGGACUGCAGGGCAAAACCCCCAAACCUCUGCCAGAGGGGGGGAAGCCUACCGCCAAUCCCAGGGAACCUGGUGGCGGGGCGGGAAGCAGUGCAGCAGGGAGGCCCCCACCUCCAAGGGAACCUGGAAAAAACCCCAACCCGAGGGAAGACAGGCGUAAAGAACGACAGCAGCAUCCUCCACGGAGGCGAACUGUGAGUGGGGGUGUUAGUGGAAGUGGUAGCAGUUAUACUGGUUCUAGCUCCAGAUCCUCGUCCAACUCCCUCUCGCGCUCACGGUCACGCUCUGGAUCCAGAAAAUCCAGGUCGCUGAGUGUGAGCAGUGUUUCAUCGGUGUCAUCGGCGUCAUCCAGCGGCAGCUCGGUCCGUAGCGCUGACUCAGACGACAUGUAUGCUGACCUGGCCAGCCCAGUGUCCUCCGCCAGCUCCCGCUCGCCCACACCGAAUCAGCCUCGCAAGGAACGUGGGCCUGCACGGGACCGCCCCCCCCACAGCAGAGACAAGACCAGGGAAAGACCAUCAAAGAAAGAUGAACCAUUUAGAGAGGACCGCAGGAAGAUCAAUCCCACUGGUGCCCCACCCAGAGGAGGCAACCCAAUGCCCAGAUCUGGACCUGGUAGCAGGGGUGGUCACCCUGUACAUCCCCCACCAGGCAUCAUGGGACCUCCAGGAAGCUACGGAGGUUCUGGAUCCCACAAAGACAUUAAACUCACCCUGCUCAAUAAGCAGCAGGCAGAUAAGGGCAACAGAAAGAGGUAUCUGCCUGCAGACAAAGACAGGCCCGGCUCCCCCCUCAGCAAGAGAGUGGCCAUGUCUCCAGACAGAGGCCGGGAUAAGAGGAUUCCUGGCCGACCCAUACUCCCCCCUCGAAUGGAUCGACCCAGAGGCCAGGGGCCCCGACCCAUGCCCCCCCAGGGAGACAGGAAACGUCCUCUGUCACCACCUGCCAAGUCAUCUGGAAAAGGCCCGGCAGCGCCGUUUGGCAAGCCGCCUGCCCCGGGCUCCACUUCUGCUGCUGGCUCGGGCUCCAGCUCAGGCACCAACAAACCCAGCAACACGCUGUCCCGCCGCGAGGAGCUGCUGAAGCAGCUGAAGGCCGUGGAGGACGCCAUUGCCCGAAAACGGGCUAAGAUCCCCACCAAAUAAAAAUAAAAAAUAAGCCCGUUCUUCCACCCCGUUGGCCCACCUGCCCGUAUGUCUGUGCGAUGGCGUGAGCUGGGACAAAAGUGAGGGCUUCGAGGGAUUGAGUGUUUUGUUUUUUGUUUUUCCCCAUGCCUUUAAUGGACAUGUAAUAAUGUUGUAUGGUUCAUAUAUAAAGGAUGUUGUGUAAGUAAACAAACAAGGAGUGGAUUGGCUCUGCUCCCAUUUGCCUGACUUUAGCCCCCAUGAUCGGAUCAACGAGGAAUGGGUGGCGGCGUUGUUGCAUUUGGUGAGGCAGGGACAUCUCCGCCAUGGGUAGAUUUUACAGUACAGAUCCAGAAGGGCGGUAAGGUGCACUUGCUGCUCCUUUCCCAGAUUUAUAAACAUUGAAUCGUCCUUCUCUGCCCCUUUUGUCUUUCUCUCAUCUUUUCUUUAGUUCCCUCUACGGGGGCACUGGCUGCCUACAGGGCUUGACAGUACUUCUUUGUUUAGAUCUACACAUCCUCAAGCAUCCACAAUGUGCCCACACUUUGGUCAAAGCAGGGCCGUGUUUAGCCAAUAGCGCGUCAGUGUUCUGUGUUUUUAGGACAGUGUUCACUGUCUCAUCUUGUACAAAAACAGUCAUCAAAAUCGUUCAAGUGUAUUGCUUUUUUUUUUUUUUUCUUCGCUGUUUUUUUAUCCGACAGCUUUUUUUCUUCUAAGCUCUUAAGUAAUAAACCAAUGUUUUAUUUCUAACACUUUUAGUUGGGAGUGUGAGAAGUGGAAUGGGGACAUUUAGAGACAUUUCUUGUUUUUGUGACAAAAGCCUUCUAAAUAAACUAUUUUGAUAAAGAGA